CGCUCGCGCUCGCCGCGGCUGCCCCGGUUGAGAAGAUCUUCGGUAUUAACCCUCGCGAUAUCCUGCACUCGCGCCCGCCCGCGGCUGCCCCUCCGAUCCCGUACAAGGGCACCGGCUGCUACGAGAUGCCCCCAGCCGUAGCAUAUGCGUCCUCAGCCGUGCCAGCCGCGUCCGGCCAGGCGCGCACCGAGCAGCCAGAGUGCUUCGCCGCCUACGCCGCGAAGAAGGCGGAGAAGUCGGGACUGCCCGGCCGGCGUACUUUUGAGCAGAUCCCUCCAGUGCAGUGCGAGAACAAGCCGCCCGAGCUCUGCAUCAACGCGCUCGAGGCGGAGCCGGCCGCCGCCGCCGCGCCGCCGCCCGAGCUCUACCUAGCCCUCGGCGGAAUCACCGCCGCCGGAGCGGGCGACCCGAGCGUAGAUGCUGAACAAUACACAGACUCCGUGUGCCGCGCCGGCGCCGCCGUCGGGCUCCUCGCCGCGAUGGUCUACAUCCGGCGCAAGCGCAAGCAGAUGAUGGUCUGAGAGGACCACGCGAGGGCCGCGGCUUGGGGAUUUCGGUGGGACCCGGUUUGGCGCGCGAUGCGCACGAUUCGCACACACGAUAUCCAUGUCCACACACAUACACACACAACUUCAGUGUUUUCACAGUUUCGAGGGGAGCAGGGGGGCGGGCCUGAAUGAGCGAGAGUGGCGCUAUUAUUAUUGUUUUACAUGUAUAUGC